AUGCACGCCUCUGCCAUCAUCGCUUUCCUGGCCACCGCUGCCACCGCCGCCGCCGCUGUUCCCGGUGGUUCUAUCAACACCAUGACUGUUCAGCAGGCUGCCAACUCUUGCGCCAACGGCCAGAGCGUUUACUGCUGCAACCAGGUCACCAACAAGCCUGCCGGCAACUCUAUCGGUGAGGGUGCUGGUAUUGCCAACGGCCUUAACCUCUUCAGCCAGUGCUCCAAGGUCAAGGUUGACGUCCUCGCCAUUGCCAACAGUCUCCUUAACAAGGAGUGCCAGGCCAAUGCUGCUUGCUGCCAGGACAGCCCCGGCACCGCCGCCGGUGGUCUUAUCAACGCCGCUCUUCCCUGCGUUGCCAUCAGCAACCUUGUCUAA